GCACGGAGGACAGCUCUCCGGUGCUGAGGCAGGAGUCAGGAGGCGGGAGCGGGCUCGGACAUCCUCCGUCAGACUCUACUCGCUCCUGGAGCCGCUGACACGCCAUGAGCUGUGAAGGUCUGUGAGUGGACCACUUCAUAAAACAGGUUAUUAAAGUUGAGCCUCCGGCUUGCAGCAUAAUGGGAGGUGUUGCUGUGGACGUGGACGCGGGCGGCGUGAAGGCUCCGGAUGGGGGCUGGGGCUGGGCGGUCCUGGCUGGGUGCUUCGUCAUCACCGGCUUCUCUUAUGCGUUCCCCAAAGCGGUCAGCGUGUUUUUCAAAGAGCUGAUCAGGGAGUUUGAGGUCGGCUACAGCGACACUGCCUGGAUCUCCUCCAUCCUGCUGGCCAUGCUUUAUGGCACAGGUCCGCUAUGCAGCGUGCUGGUGAACCGCUUCGGCUGUCGGCCUGUCAUGAUGGUGGGCGGCCUCUUUGCCUCUUUAGGAAUGAUCCUGGGCUCCUUUGCCACCAGCAUCAUCCACAUCUACCUCACAACCGGAGUCAUUACAGGUCUGGGGUUAGCUCUGAACUUUCAGCCGUCUCUCAUCAUGCUGAACCGUUACUUCAGCGAGAAGCGGCCUUUGGCCAACGGCCUGUCAGCCGCCGGGAGCCCCGUGGCGCUGUGCUGCCUGUCUCCGCUGGGCCAGGUCCUGCAGUACCAGUACGGAUGGAGGGGGGGCUUCCUCAUCUUGGGAGGCAUCCUUCUGAACUGCUGUGUUUGUGGAGCCCUCAUGAAGCCUUUGGUUGAUCCCAAGAAAGCCCAGAUCAAGGAGCAGGACCACAGCAAAGACCUGAGCUCAGAGGAGAAGACCAAAGCCAAACGUAAGCUUCUGGACUUCUCCGUGUUCAAGGACUGCGGCUUUGUCAUCUACACCGUGGCGGCGUCCAUCAUGGUGCUCGGCCUGUUCGUGCCGCCGGUGUUUGUCGUGAGCUAUGCCAAAGAGCUGGGCAAUGAAGACACCAAGUCGGCGCUGCUGCUCACCAUCCUGGGCUUCAUUGACAUUUUUGCGCGGCCCACAUGUGGCGUGAUCGCGGGGCUGAAAUGGGUCCGGCCGCGCUGCGUCUACCUCUUCAGCUUUGCCAUGAUGUUCAAUGGAAUCACUGACCUGAUUGGCUCCCAGGCCAACGACUACCCGUCUCUGGUGGUCUUCUGCAUCUUCUUUGGGAUCUCCUACGGAAUGGUGGGAGCGCUGCAGUUUGAGGUUCUGAUGACGAUCGUCGGGACAGAGAAGUUCUCCAGUGCCAUCGGCCUCGUCCUGUUAAUGGAAGCCAUUGCUGUGCUGGUGGGGCCUCCUGGGGCAGGUCGGCUGCUCGAUGCUACAAAGAACUACAUGAGCGUCUUCCUGCUGGCAGGAAGUGAGGUCGUUCUCUCAGCUGUGGUUUUGGCCACCUGUAACUUCCUGUUUAUCAAAAAGACGCCGGAAGUCAAAGUGGAGAGCAUCACGGUGACAGAUGAUUCAAACGCGAAGGCCUGCAGCAGGAGCGCUGAGGAGGAGGACGGCGAGGAGGGGGAGGACGGCGUGGAGGAGAAAAGCGAGGAGAGGGUGGAGGAGGUUAGGCCGAAGAGCGUGAUGGUGAACUCUCAGGAGGUGGAGCGGUUCCUCAAAGAACCCCAGCCGAACGGCAGCAUGGCGGCCAGCCCUGAAACGUGUCUGUGAGGCGGAACAGGGAGGGGCUUCACCGCCGCCAUAACGGUUCAAUGCUUUCGACAUCAUUCCAUGUUUAUUCCAGGUGUUCGUCUGUGUUCUUGGUGGGGAGGGAUUGAAGCCACUGCCUUCUCGACAUACCGAAGCUAACCCCAGUCAACCCUCCUCAGCAGAUGUUAGUGCUUGAAGUAGCUGCAGAACUGCCCUGUGGAGCCACCAGCAAAGAUCUCUGACCACCAACACGACACGGUUCUGUUUCUAGUGUUCAUGAAGGACACGAGGACACUGCACUGAUUCCAUAACCUGUAGGAGGAGAAGAUUUAACAAUAGUUUCAGUUUAUAGUUAAAUCUAACAAAAUAAUAUACAAACUGAGAAUUCUCCAAAUAAAACUCUCUAAAGUUCAAGCUGGAGCUCAACUCCAACAGCAAACCAACAAAGUCAAGAAGAGCAGUCAGAUCUCCUUAGCUUGGAUCCAGACCAAUUCCUUGAUGUCCAGAUGAAAGGAAGGCUGUUCCCAUGGCAACAGAGAUGGGAACACCCGAGAUGCAAAACCCAACUUUGUGUUGAUCCCUCGACACUUCUGCCUCCGAGGCUCUUAGAUGAAGAUUUAUGGAGACAAAUGCGUAUCACUCCGAUUUAUGCGUGCAUAUUCUUCAUCUGUAACUCAUGAAAUGCAUUUGUGCACGAGUACAAAAAAUUGCAAAAUUCAAAAAAAUGCAAAAUUCAAUUUACACACGAACUACUUAAAAUUACAACAGCUUGAAAUUAAUUUACACGAAAAUCUUUAAAAAUUACGCACCAAUCUCUUGUUUCGCACACGAUACCUCAGUUACACAAAUCUGAGGUGAGACU